AUGUCAGUUCCCAAGCUUGCAUUCUUUGGGAACGAAUUCCCCAGCGACGACGUCAAAGACGUCUUCCGCCGCCUGCUCCGGCACACCAAGGACAGGCGGUUCCGGCUGCUCGCAGCCUUUGUCGACGAGUCGACGGCAGUCCUCAAGGAUGAGGUGGCCAAGCUGCCGCAGCCUCUGAAAGAGCUGGUGCCGCACUUCGACACGGUGCUUAGCCUGGCCGAGCAUGGCGACUUCCGGCAGGGAGCACUGGGCGCGGCCAUGGAGAGCGCACUGCUGACGGUGCUCGAAGUGGCUCUGUUUAUCGGACACCACGAGGCCGAAGGCAUUGACAUGUCGGUGACGGGACUGGCCGGACUGAGCAUCGGGCUGCUGGCCGCAGCAGCAGUUGCUCUUUCGAGCAGCGUGAGCGACUUGUUGGGCAACGGGGCCGAGAGCGUGCGCGUGGCGUUCCGACUGGGCGUGUACGUGGCCGAUGUUUCAAGCAAGCUUGAGGCGCCACAGCCCGACGGCACGCUGCAGAGCUGGGCCCAUGUCGUGACGGAGCUGAGCGAGGAGACGGUGCGCGACGAACUUGAACGCUUCAACACCGACACGCGAAGCCCGGCCCUCAGUCGCGCCUUUGUCAGCGCCGCCGACAAGACGUCCGUCAGCGUCAGCGCCCCGCCCUCGCGUCUCAAUCAAGCUUUCCAGCACUCGCACCGCCUGCGCUACUCCAAGUCGCUGCCGUUACCCGUCUACGAUGGCCUGUGCCACGCCCCUCACCUGUACACUCCCGACGACAUCCAGGCCCUCCUCGAUCCCAAAGCCUCGCUGCUCCCACCCAACCGCCCUGUCCGCAUACCUCUGCUCUCGUCGCAGUCCGGCGAGCCCUUUACAGCCACUACCGCCCAUGACCUCUUCCUGCAAAUCGCCACCGAGCUGACCACCGGUACCAUCUAUCUCGACCGCCUCACCGCCGCCAUCCUGGCCCAUGCCGCUGCGGCCGAGUGCUGCUACCUCUCCUCAUUCCGCACUUCGCUUGUCCUCAAGGGCAUUGCCGAUGCUCUUGCCGCAGACUCCCAGCUCGUCCGGAGCGACAUGGUCUCCUGGGUGCAUGUCGACUUUGGCCCUCGCCGUCCGCGCUCCUCUGCUGACGCGAAGCUGGCCAUUGUCGGCAUGGCCUGUCGCUUGCCAGGCGGCGCCAACGAUCCUGAUCUUUUCUGGGAGCUGCUCGAGCAGGGACGAGACGUACACACAACAGUGCCCGUGGAUCGCUUCGACCUAGAGACGCACUACGAUCCCAAUGCCAAGGUGGAGAACGCCACGCAGACACCCUUCGGCAACUUCAUGGACAGGCCCGGCUUCUUCGACGCAGGUUUCUUCAACAUGUCCCCAAGAGAGGCUGAGCAGACGGACCCCAUGCACCGGCUCGCCCUCGUGACGGCGUACGAAGCCAUGGAGAUGGCUGGCCUGGUACCCGGUCGAACUGCUUCUUCGCGGCCGCAGCGCAUUGCGACUUUUUAUGGCCAGGCAAGCGAUGACUGGCGCGAGCUGAACGCGUCCCAGAACAUUGGCACGUAUGCUGUGCCAGGUGGUGAGCGAGCCUUUGCCAACGGGCGCGUCAACUACUUCUUCAAAUUCUCAGGGCCAUCUUUCAACAUCGACACGGCGUGCUCAAGCGGAUUGGCGGCGGUGCAGGCGGCUUGCUCGGCACUAUGGGCGGGAGAGGCUGACACGGUCCUCGCUGGAGGCCUCAACGUCAUCACCGACCCGGACAACUACGCUGGUCUCUGCAACGGCCACUUCUUGUCCAAGACAGGACAGUGCAAGGUGUGGGACAAAGAUGCCGAUGGCUAUUGCCGAGCUGAUGGCGUCGGAUCCGUCGUCAUAAAGCGUCUGGAGGACGCCGAGGCCGACAACGACAACAUCCUGGCAGUUGUUCUGGCGGCCGCGACGAACCAUUCGGCUGAGGCCAUUUCCAUCACCCACCCGCACGCCGGCGCCCAGAAGGACAACUACCGCCACGUGCUGCAAAAGGCAGGCGUGAGCCCUCUGGACGUAGGAUACGUCGAGCUGCACGGCACCGGCACUCAGGCGGGUGACGCCGUCGAGUCCGAGUCGGUGGCAGACAUCUUCGCCCCUGUAGCUCCGCGCCGUCGCGCUGACCAGCGCUUGCAUCUCGGCGCCGUCAAGAGUAACAUUGGUCAUGGCGAGGCCGCCGCCGGCAUUGCAUCGCUGAUAAAGGCCCUACUGGUCUAUCAGAAGAACAUGAUUCCCGCUCACAUCGGCAUCAAGACGGAAAUCAAUCCGACCAUCCCUACCGAUCUUGAACGCCGCAAUAUCGGGCUUACCAUGACCAAUACGUCCUGGCCACGCGAAGGGAGCAAGAAGCGGCUCGCCGUUGUGAAUUCAUUCGGCGCACACGGUGGAAACACGACGCUGCUGCUUGAGGACGGACCGGAGAAGCAGACUUUCGAAGUCGCGGCUGUGCGCUCCACGCACCCUAUCAUCGUAUCAGCCAAGAGCAAGAGGUCAUUGCAGGCCAACGUAGAGAACCUACUUUACUAUUUGGACCAGCACACGGAUACGAACCUUGGCGACCUAUCGUACACGACGUGCGCAAGACGUAUGCACCACAGCAUUCGCAUCGCUACGUCGGUUUCCAGCGUCGCAGGGUUGCAGAAAUUCCUACGGGCCUCCCUGGGCGACAAGACAAUCACUGACGCGCGGCCCAUCCCGCCCGAAGCACCUGGGGUCGUCUUUGCUUUCACGGGCCAAGGCGCCUAUCACGUCGGCAUGGGGCGCGAGUUGUUUGCUGCUUUCCCAGCCUUCCGGGAGCAGGUGCAACAGCUCGACCGGCUGGUGCAACGUCUCGGCUUCCCAUCCGUCGCAUCUGUCAUUGACGGAAGCGCCGACGAUGAGUCAAGCCCGCCAGUGCUCACCCAGCUCAGCGUUGUGGUGUUUGAGAUUGCGCUGGCGCGCUUCUGGGAAGUGCUCGGAGUUCGACCCAACGCUGUAAUCGGCCACAGCCUAGGCGAAUACGCGGCUCUGGCCGUCGCUGGGGCCUUGUCGGUUGCCGACGCCUUGUAUCUCGUUGGCCGGCGUGCGCAGCUGACUGAAGAGCGCUGCACUCCCGGUAGCCACUCGAUGCUCUCGGUGCGGGCGACGGAGGCUGACAUUGCUCGGCUGGUGCGUGACACGCCUGAGACGGCGGCGUUGCCGUAUGAAGUCUCGUGCCGUAACACAGCGCAAGACACGGUCAUUGGCGGCGCGCGGGAUGACAUUGACACCAUCCGCAAAGCGCUCGAGGCACACAACUUCAAGUGCGUGCAGCUCGACAUUCCCUUUGCCUUCCACACGGCGCAGAUGGACGACAUUCUUGAUGCUUUUGAGGCGACGGCCGCCCCGGUGCCUUUCAAGGCGCCCAGCAUCCCCGUGCUCUCUCCGCUGCUUGGUGCCGCUGUAUUCGACGGAAAGUCGAUCAAUGCGAAGUAUCUGCGUCGUGCGACUCGCGAGCCAGUCGACUUCAUUGCCGCCGUUGGGGCCGGCCGCGACCUUGGCAUGUUUGACGAUAAGACGCUCUGGGUUGACGUAGGGCCGCAUCCCAUUUGCUCGGGCUUUGUGCGCGGAUUAAUGCCUGCUGCGCGCUCAGUGUCGAGCUGCCGGCGCAAUGAGGAUGGCUUCGCGACCUUUGCCAAGAGCCUCACCACGCUCCAUCUGGCAGGUUUGACGCCUGUCUGGGCCGAGUACUUCCAACCAGACGAGCACGCUUACCACUUGCUCACUCUGCCCAAGUACGCGUGGAAUGAGACUGAUUAUUGGAUUCCGUACAUUGGGACCUGGACACUGGAUAAGGCGCAUCUGAAGUAUGGCGGACAGAAGCCGACCGGGCCUUCGCUCAUGGCAGCUUCAGCACUACGGACGUCGCUGGUCCAUCAAAUCACAAGCGAGACCAUCGAGCAGACGACAGCUGAGCUGUGCGUUCUUUCGGAUAUCCAGCACCCUAACUUUCUGGAAGCGGUGAAUGGGCACAGAAUGAAUGGGUGUGGCGUAGCUACCUCGUCAAUCUGGACCGACAUGGCUCUGACCGUUGGCGAGUACCUCUAUCGGCGCCUCGUGCCGCAAGCACAAAAAGUGCACAUGAACGUCAGCGACGUCGAAGUGCUGCACGCACAAGUCGCCAACAAGUCCAAAGGCAGCACACAGCCGCUUGCGCUUGAAGCGCAACUCGACCUCUCGAUGAGCAGAAUGUCGCUGGCGUGGUUUAACGUCGAUGCGAAGACGGGCACCCGUGCCGCUGAAUCGUUUGCUACUGCAACGGUGCGAUUUGAGGAUCCGCAAGCCUGGCGCGCAGAGUGGGAUCGAGUGACGCAUCUCGUGCAGGGGAGGAUAGACGCGUUGGAGCGCAUGGCAGCUGUUGGCGAGGCCAGCCGGCUCUCGAAACAGUUGGCGUACACGCUGUUCAAGAACGUGGUUGACUACGCAGAGCGAUACCGCGGCAUGGACAACGUGGUUCUGCACGAGCACGAAGCAUAUGCGAACAUAACGCUGACGCCGGAGCAGCACGGGGCGUGGCACACGCCGCCGCACUGGAUCGACAGCGUGGCGCACUUGGCGGGCUUGGUGAUGAACGGCAGCGACGCAUCCAACACGGCGGACUAUUUCUACGUGACGCCGGGGUGCGAGAGUGCGCGCGUGCUGGAGCCGCUGCAGCCCGGGGCGCGCUACCGCAGCUACGUGCGCAUGUUCCCGGUGCCGGGCGACGCCAACAUGUUCGCUGGCGACGUGUACAUCUUCAACGACGCCGGCACGAUUGUCGGCAUGGUCGGACAGAUUCGCUUUCGCCGCGUGCCGCGCUUGCUGAUGGAUCGCUUUUUCUCGCCGCCUGCGGCAGAGCCUGCACCAGAUACUGCCCGGGUGACGGGAUAUAAACUCCCGGUUGCUGCUGUUACUCCAGCUCCCGCUGCUGCUGCGUCAACAUCAAAAGCUACGGCGGCGAUUCCCGCCGGUGGCGGCGGCUUCACACCAGCCUCGACCACGGCAUCUGCCCCGGCAGCAGAAACUACGGCGGGCAAGGACGGCGCAGACGGCGACGCGGACGCGGAUGAUGCAGGCAUCGUGACGCAGUGCCUGGCGCUGAUAGCGCGCGAGACGGGACUCCCGCUGUCGGCGCUGACGCCCGACGCGACGUUUGUGCAGCUAGGCGUGGACUCGUUGAUGGCGCUGGUGCUGGCGGAGAAGCUGCGCGCCGAGCUGGGCGUCGAGGUCCGCAGUAGUCUUUUUCUGGAAUGUCCGACGGUGGGGGAGUUGGGGGGUUGGUUGGGCGUGUACUGUUGA